AUGUGGCGUAUCGGUGUAGAUUACUUGUUGGAAUGUGAUGAUGAAGGCCGCGAGAAUAUUGCAUUGUUAAUUGGUCGAAUGCCGAUAGAUAACGAAAAGACGGCGAUCGCGUUGAAUGCGAUCUGUUUGAGGGCAUCGUUGAGGCGAAUAGCAGCUGAUGUCGCCGAAUCAAUGACCUAUAGGUGUGUUGCCGGCUGA